AUGUGGUCACACGCGUGGACACGAUGUUCACGAUAUAUCGAUGACAAUAUCACUAACUUAUCGAUGCCGUCCUCUUCUGCGAGUUCGGUGUCGGACAACGAGUUUGAGAAGAAGAAGGGUUGGGAUGAGAAGGAGUACGACUCGGAUGGCAACGAGUUGUAUGUCGUGGAGAGGAUCUGCGACAAGAGGAUGAUGAAAGACCCGGACAACAGGAACUCCAAGAUAUGGAUGUAUCACUUGAAGUGGAAGGGCUAUGGAGAGGGCGAGAAGACGUGGGAACCCAAGAGCAAUAUGGACUGUCCGGACCUCUUGGAAGAGUUCGAGAAGGAGUGGAAAGUAAAGCAGGAGAAGGAGAGGAAGCGGAAGGAGAGAGAGGAGCGCGAAGAAGAGCUGCGGCGCUCCGAGAAGUACCUCAAACACAACAAAGACAAGCAUAAGUCGCCGAAAGCGGGCCGUCGCUCGUCCUUUGACUCGGAUUACGAUACGAGCAAACCGUCGGGAAGUGGUGUCUCACGCGAUGACAUCCGAAAGUUCGAUAAGAAGAAGAAACGGUCGCACAGUUCGGACAGCGAUUCCGAAGCCGACCGCAAGAAGAGGAAGCACUCGAUGUCGACGCCGAAGUCUUCGAAGAAGAUUAGCAAAAAGGAUUCGGACAGCGAUUCAGACGGCGAUAAGAAACGAAAGAAGAAGGUCGAGGAGGAGAAGCGCAAGAAGAAGGUCGCGUCCGACUCGGACUCCGAUUCUGACGCCAAGUCUAAGGCCAAGAAGACUGAAUCGGAGCCCAAGAAGUUUGAGAGCGAAGCCGAGAAGAAGAUAAUGUCUAAACCCGGACCCAAACGGGCGAAAGAGGCGGCGCUUAAGAAACUGAAGGAAAUGGAGACNAGACUGAAUCGGAGCCCAAGAAGUUUGAGAGCGAAGCCGAGAAGAAGAUAA